AUGAAGAAUUGGGACAACGCUAGAAUCCAGAGUGUACUGACCGAGGAGUUCUCGUGCGAUUUCAAAUGGCUGUGGAAUGUGCCUCAUGCCAGUCAUCAGAACGGUGUCGUCGAGUCUCUUAUUAAGUCCGUCCGACAAGCCUUCAAUGUUACCUGCAAGAGUCAAGCGUUUACGGCAGAACAGUGGUCAACAUUCCUCGCAGAAAUCAGCUACGUGAUCAAUAGUGGCCCUUUGUAUCCCAGUUCGGAUGGCGUUUGGGAGAGUCCACCAGUAACACCGAAUGAUAUCCUUCUUGGGCAGCAUAAUUCACCACCUCAGCCAACCCCGGAAGAUAGAAUCAACCCAAGAGAUCUUUUACGAUGCACACAAAACAGAAUCGUCGAUUUCUGGAAAUGCUGGUUGAAGUAUUUUGCACCCAAUCUAUUACCCCGCAACAAGUGGUUCCGAAAAAGAGACAACGUUCAAGUAGGGGACCUGGUUCUGGAGCUUGAUCCAAAACAUAAAAGAUGCCAAUGGAAGAUGGCACUUAUCACCGAAGUUCAUCCCGGAAGCGACGGUCUUGUGAGAAAAGUAAGAAUGAAGACGCAAACAGGAGAAUAUGACAGACCCAUCCACAAGCUGUGUCUUAUAGCCACCAGAGAAGAACUUGAUGCAGACUAG